UCAUGUGCUGAAUGUUGAAGUAACAGUUCACGCGAAUUGGAUUCAAAGUUGGAUACUUACAUUUUCCCGAGAAAAAUCCACACUAUGAAUAACUUUUCGCAGAUCGCCAGUUUCUUCUUCUUCAUCUUGAUCGCCGCCGCGUUCGUGACUAAAUCAUCAUGCUCCGCCAUCAUCAAUCCCUCUAAAGUCAAGCAAAUUUCAUGGAAACCUAGAGCUUUUGUAUAUGAAGGCUUCCUGACGGAUGAAGAAUGCAAUCAUUUGGUAUCUCUUGCGAAGAAGGAGUUGAAAAGAUCGGCUGUGGCAGAUAAUGAGUCUGGGGAAAGUAAGCUCAGUGAGGUUAGGACUAGCUCUGGGAUGUUCAUUAGCAAAGCAAAGGAUCCUAUUGUUGCUGGGAUAGAGGAGAAGAUAGCGACUUGGACUUUUCUACCAAAAGAGAAUGGAGAAGACAUACAGGUUCUAAGAUACGAGGAAGGGCAGAAAUAUGAGCCACACUAUGAUUACUUCUCUGACAAGGUUAAUAUUGUUCGUGGUGGACACCGCUUAGCCACAGUACUCAUGUAUCUCAGUGAUGUCGAGAAAGGAGGUGAAACUGUCUUCCCCGAAGCAGAGGAAUCAACUCGACGUAGGUCAAUGGCAGCUGAUGAUAGUUUGUCUGAGUGUGCAAGGAAGGGUAUAGCUGCAAAACCACGGAAAGGAGAUGCACUUCUUUUUUUCAGUCUCCAUCCAAAUGCCGUUCCUGAUCCUAUGAGCCUCCACGGAGGAUGCCCUGUUAUUGAGGGUGAGAAGUGGUCAGCAACAAAGUGGAUUCAUGUGGAUUCGUUUGACAAAAUCGUGGGAUCUGAAGAAAGUUGUGCUGAUCAAAACGAGAAUUGCGAGAGAUGGGCCACACUUGGGGAAUGCACCAAGAAUCCAGAAUACAUGGUUGGAAGUUCAGAUCUUCCAGGAAGCUGUAGGAAGAGCUGCAAAGCUUGUUAACUUAUUAUACUUCUUCCUCUAAAUCUGUUCAGAAACAGUAACAUUUUAUUCCUUAUUGUUCUUGCGAUCUACCCAGUUUUGCAAAUAACAUCCUAUUUCCUUUUUCUUCUAUAGAGCGAAGUUCGUUUUUUCUGUCUCACACAAACAUAUGUAUACUGCAUUUAUGUACACAUUAGUUAACGAGUAUGUACCAACUUCAAUUUGGUCUUGUCACUGAGAAUGUAUUAUCUGAUACAAAAUGAUAGUCUGCUUAUGCACUAAUUUUAUGAUGGUUAUUGAGUAAA